GUUGGCAAUUCGUACCCAGUCCUGCCCCGGUCCACCGCUCCCUACUCCUGUUAUACGCUAAUUCCUACUCCUACUUUACUAGCAGUAGCAGUAGAAUAAUUAAUAAUACUACGAGUAGAAUACGCUUACCAGAACGUUUGCCUAUUUCUGUGCUCUCGCACUGCUGCCGGUCCGCUGCCGCUGCACCCUACCCUCCUCUUUUGUUCCCUUCCCUGGUCUUCUCUUUUUAUUUUUUUUAUUCUUUUUAUUUUUUUUUUGGGGUGGGGGGAGAUAUCGUCCAAGUUUUGAGGAGAGAGAAGAGGGGGAAAUUAAAAAGAAUAAGAAAAAAAAAACACCAAAAGAAGAACAAAAUUUUGAGCAGAGAACAGGAAGUAGUAGAGUGAGAUGUCAAAAACUGAAGAAUCUCUUUGGUUUGUAUCGUUUUGAUAUAGAGUUUCGUAAAGGGAAAUUUGGUACUACUACUGCUACAAGAAGCGAAGCCCAAACCCUAAUCAGUUCCGAACAUGGCAACACCCGAAGAAACUUCCAGACUCAGAACCCUAGCUGACGCUGUAAGCGAGCCGGCCCUUUCUGCUGCUGUCGGUUCGGGUCUCGCAGGCCCCGAUAAAAAUCGGGCCCUGUCCCGCGGCAUCCCUGGCGGGUUCGAUGUAAAUAAAGUGAGUGAAGAGGCGGAGGAGGAGGAGAUGGAGGACAGUGUUGUGGCGGUGACUAAACGAACUGAGAUUUCCCUGGUGGAGACGAGGAUGACGCUGGGCACCGGUUUGGAAGGCACUGAGAAGUUGGGGCACGGGGUUGCUCUUGGUCUUGGCAGCUCGGAUGGGAAAAUUGGGCCCGCGAAUGGAUCUGCAUCCGUCCUUGCCAAAAGUGGUAUUAUUGAGGAUUUAAAUGCUGAUAAUGGAGGGAAUGCUAUCGUGAAAAUGGAUGGAGAGACAGGUGCUGGUGAUGAUGCUGAUUCUAUAGACGGGCAUGGCUAUUCCGUAGGUGACCUUGUUUGGGGGAAAAUCAAGAGCCAUCCAUGGUGGCCUGGGCAAAUAUAUGAUCCUAAACAUGCUUCAGAUUAUGCACUUAAGUUUAGUCACACAGGUCGUCUGCUCGUCGCAUACUUUGGUGAUGGUUCUUUUGCUUGGUGUCAGCCAUCGCAGUUGAUACCAUUUGCUGAGCAUUUUGAAGAUAUGUGUAAGCAAAGCAAUUCUAAGAGUUUUGUGACUGCUGUUCAAGAGGCUGUUGACGAAAUUGGUAGACUUGUGGAAUUAGAAAUGAUUUGUAAAUGUGUACCCGAAGAGAACAGGAAGGGGCUUCAUAGCCCGCUGGCUGCAAAUGCAGGGAUUAAGGCGGGAGUCUUAGUGCCCGAAGGAGGUAUUGGUAAACUUUUGUCCUUUAGGUAUGACUCGGCUGAAUUGCUCGCAACCGUUCAAAGUAUUGCUGAGUCAGUUUCUUUUGCUGGUGUUCUUGAACUUGCAAUCUUGAAGAGUUGGCUGUCUGCCUUUUAUCGUGCCAGAGGUGGUUAUUGGUUGCCUGUUUAUUAUGAAGGCCUGCAAAUUGAAGGCCUUGAAGGCAACAAUAGGACUGCGGUUGAGGACAAAAAUGAUUCCAUUGUUCCCAUUGAGGUUCCUGUCCAGGGGCCACAUGAAAAAGACUGGUCUUUAGCAUUGGCGGGCCCUGGAAAUGGCCCAGCACCUUCUGAUGAUCAGAAUCAUCAUGGGAGGAAGCAGAAGAGUGUUGCUGAAAUCAUGGCUGAGGGUACAGAUAAGAAGUCCAAGAGUAGGAAAAGAAGUAUUGUCACACAGGGAACAAAUGCUAGCAGCUCUGCAAAACAAAAGAGAAAGGAUGAUGAAGAUGGAAAUCAGAAUGGCAGUGUUCAAUCUUCUGGAACGGUGAGGAAGAGAAGUAGAAAGAAGAUCUCUAGUGCAGAGAAUGGUCAUGUUCAACCUCAGGAGGAAAUUCAUAAAAAUUCUCUCUCAAUUAAGCUGAACGAGGAUGAAAUUGCUGUUGCUGAUGAUAAUGAUGGUGAAGGCGCAAAAGGGACCGAAGAGAUUUCAUCUCCUAGGGAAAGAAAAAAGAGCAAGUACCUAUCCCCUCCAUACACAAAUUCGCGGUUCAGGUCUGGGAAUCCAAUUUUCAAGAAUGAGUUGCAAAAAGAAUCAGAGAAAAUUAGUAAGAUUGCUAGGAUGGGUGAGCGCAUGACUAAGGCUGCUGGAAUCCUUCUCGAGCCACCCCCUCUAGUUAAGUGCAAUGCUCAGACUGUGGAGGAAAAAUUGCCUUCAAAUGGUAAGCAAGGUCAGCAGAAGAUUAUUGACUCUGCAGAUGUCAAUGCACCAGUGAAGGAGGUGCUAGCAGGAAUUAAAUCUGGAGCUGUUAAUCAUUUGCACUCUUCGGAUGGAGAAUUCCCUGAUUUUAUCAGGGGAUUCAUCUCUGCAUUCAGAAGCUCUGUCCGUUCUAGUCAAUCAAAUUACACUCCUAAAAGGCUGCCUGGUAGGAAGAGGAAAUCGGUGAGCUCCGAACAAGGAGAUCUGGGUAACCUUGAUGUCAAGUCAGCUGAGGCUAAAUAUCCACGAACCAUUGACAAAAGGAGUGCCCGAGAUAAGUCUGAUAAACCUAAACUAAAAAAGAAUGCCAGACCUAAGGAUAAGCAAGUCGAUGGAAAAUCUCCUCCUGAAUCUCUAGUUGUGACAUUUGCCCCUGGAUUUUCCUUGCCAUCAAAGGAUGAUGUCAUCAGAAUAUUUAGCAAAUUUGGGGUUUUAAAUGAAAAGGAAACAGUUGUGUUCCCCGAAUCUGCUAGCGUUCAGAUUGUAUAUUCCAGUCCUGGAGGUGCAGAAGAAGCCUUACGAGAAUCAUUAAAGCAGAGUCCUUUUGGCUCCCGUAGUGUUAAUUACAAGGUUCGCCAUUCCUCAGCUUCUUCAAUGGCUGUGGAGUCCAGUCAUAAUACUUCCUCUGAUAACCCAGUUGCUUCGUGGCCAGCGGCUGGUGAGAAAUCUCAGCUUGUUUCCAUCAGACAGAAACUCGAGAUUAUGACAUCCAUGCUGGAAAAAUGUGAUGGUAAAAUUUCAACUGAGGAGGUAUACCAUUUGGAUGCCGAGAUAAAGCCACUGUUGGAGAAGGUGAGGAAGAUGGCUGGGGAUGUUUCACAAUAGAUGUGGGGUCGGUGAUGUACUUAGUUUUUUUAUACUGUUAGUGGCUUUCCCUUUACUCAUAGGACUUCUAUAUCUGACUCUUUUGUUGAGGAUAUUGGUGUUUGGUAGUAAUUCGAGUUUGUCUUUUUCAGGAAUUGAUAAAGCGGGUCAAGAUUAUUGUAUGUAGGAUGUAUGAUAUAGUUAUGAAACUAGUUGGAGGGUCAAUUAAUUAAUGUCUUAGAAUGUUUGUACGUAGUCGGUGUAUUCCCAAGGCAGCAGUCCCGCACCUCUGGGAAGGUUCCCUUCUUUCUCAUGUCUGAAUAUAUAGAACAAUGAAACUUGUCAGUGAUACUCUGCGCCCUUGUGCAUAGCUGUAUUUGUUGUGAAGUUCCAUUGGAUGAUUUGGGUUACUGAUAUUCUGCUCGGGGUUUGUUUUCAA